CUUCAUCUCAUUCAACUCCUAUAUUAAUCACGUCUCUUCAUCCCCCAUUUCACAUCUCUCCAUCUCUCUCACUACAUAAGAACCGUAGAAGGUUGAUCUUGUCCGCUUUACACUUCAUCCACUAUCAAAUUCAGAGCUUUUGAGGCAUAUUAAGCAUUAAGAAGGUUUCUCUUGUCAUCUCUACCCACAAAGAUCAAAAAGCUUUAUAUUUCUCAUUUACAAACCUUACAGUUUGAAACUCUUGGGGGAAAACUAAUAUUCAAGGCCUGUUAUAUAUAAAUAUAUCAUGAUGAUGGGAAAAGAGGAUUUGGGUUUAAGUCUGAGCUUGGGGUUUGCACAAAAUCACCAUCCUCUCCAACUGAAUCUCAAACCUACUUCUUCACCAAUGUCAAAUCACCAGAUGUUUCCUUGGAACCAGACCUUUGUAUCCUCCUCGGGUACGUUUCUUUCUUUAACAAACCUUUUUUUCACCAAGAAACAAACAGAUCUCGAAAAUGACCCAUUUUCCCUUUUCUUUGCAGAUCAACAAUCUCUAAGGAAAAUAGACGUGAACAGCUUGCCGUCGACGGUAGAUUUGGAGGAAGAGACGGGAGUUUCUUCCCCAAACAGCACGAUCUCGAGCACCGUGAGCGGCAAGAGGAGGAGCGAGAGGCAAGGUAGCGGAGAUGACUUAGACAUCGCUCUGGACCGAUCUUCCUCACGUGGAACCUCUGAUGAAGAAGAAGAAUACGGAGGAGAUGGGUGUAGAAAGAAGCUCAGGCUAUCCAAAGAUCAAUCUGCUGUUCUCGAAGACACUUUUAAGGAGCACAACACUCUCAAUCCCAAACAAAAGCUGGCUUUGGCUAAGAAGCUAGGUUUAACCGCAAGACAAGUGGAAGUGUGGUUCCAAAACAGAAGAGCAAGGACAAAGUUGAAGCAAACUGAAGUAGAUUGCGAAUAUUUGAAGAGAUGCGUAGAGAAAUUGACCGAAGAGAACCGACGGCUCGAGAAAGAGGCAGCGGAACUAAGGGCACUAAAGCUUUCACCGGGGUUGUAUGGUAAGAUGAGUCCACCGACCACGCUUCUCAUGUGUCCAUCAUGCGAGCGCGUGGGCGGACCAUCGAACCACAGCCAAAGGUCUGUGUCUUUGAACCCGUGGCUCCAAAUGGCCCAUGGGUCAACUUUUGAUGUUAAGCAUUCUAGAUCUUAACUUCUGGUUCUGUGGGUUAUAUCAUUAUGUGGGUCAUUGUACUUUUUUAGAUUAUUGACUCUCGUUAUGUAUCCUUAAAAGCUUUUUAAAAUUUUAAAACUAGUUAAAUUUGAUUAAAUUAGUUGUUCUUGUCUUCUUGAUGACAAACAAAAUAUAAAAGAAUGGGGAAAACAAUUUAUUACU